AUAUUUUUUCUGAGCAUCUGCAGAAACAGAAAAGUUUAUUUACAAAGAAUAUUUCCUUACAGAUCAAUAUAUAUUUAAGUAUAAAGUGUGAUAUGUGAUAAAAUGAACAAAACGAUGGAGAAAUUAUGUUUGAAAAUAAAGACUUGAAUCACUGACAUAUUUCCAUUUAUUUUAAAAAGACGCUUUGUCGCUUUGCCAAUUUCAGUUAACUUCAAACGAUCACGAAGUGUCAAAAUUUCAGUUACAGUGCACAAAGUUGCAAGGGGGAGUUACAAAGUAGAUAAAUUAACAGUUUAAGGGAUCUCCGAGAACGAAGAACGCAGAGAGGCGGAAACGGACAAAUUUCUAUGAGAUGACGAAAGUUCUCAGAACGAUCGGCAAAGUUACUCACAUUAACCUGUAAGAUUCGGGAAACCAAAGUUAUGUCCAGCGAUAAAAUUGGCAAACUUUGCAAGAGAGCUUCGCGAUCUCGAUCCCGCAGCCUUGAACGUACGCUACCCAUCUGCCAUCGCGGUCCGCAGUAUCCACCGGGAUGCACCGUGCUAGAGUGCCGGUUCGAGGCCGAUCGACCGAUCGCCCGGAUCGUCCAGGUGCCCGCCGACACCGCAGCGACCGCUCGGAAUUCGUGUCUACGCGUGAAACGGUCGUCCGACUCGUUCUCGAGGAUGAAACCGCGACGUAAAGACGUAAAGCAACGGGGAUCGGCUGAUGUCUGCUCUCAGAAGAGUGAUAAAUUUAUCUUACUUCCAGCAUCCUGUACCCUAAAAUCUCAUGACCGCAUCGAUGAUUCAAUAACUCUGACUGGUAAAAUAAAAAUACCAAUAAAAACUGUCUCCUCUGCGAUUCUGAAGAUUGAUAAGAGCAAAAAGCGACUCGAUGACUCGAGCUCCAGAAUACUGCGUUCUUUAUCCAAAAACAUUUUAAGGGCAUCUCAUUACGACGACAAAUCGGCUAAGCAGCCACUGACUGUUAUCAAAUACUUUACAAUGCCCAAGGACUCUUUGGCUAGAGACACUCGGUGCCCAUCAAAGACAAGCGAAAGUGGCAGAGUUAAUUACCGUAUUCAUUUAGAAUCAAAGUUAAAAAAAGAUAGUUCUUGCAAAAUCAUUCAGCCAGUAACUGAUUCCAAGAGAAUGAUCUCUGAUAAAAAAUCAAGGGUUUGUGAUAAAAGAUCAAGCCACCGGGCUCUUUCAAAACUGAGUGUUUCACGCCGUAAGUCGAAACCGGAAGUGACACGUUCCCCCCCAGACUGUAAAGUUGCGCGUCCAGGUAGAGCAGAUUUGAAAAUUGAUAUCUUGUUCUUCCCAGAGACGAGAGAUCCGCUUUCUCAAAUAACACGCAAGAACGGUCUCGUCGAUCCUUCCGAAAUACCAUGUUCCACGAAGAAACUCUCGGGAAAAUACAAGAGACAAAUUUGUCCAGUCAGUUGUUGCCAGCCAGUCCAACCAGCGAUCAAGGAUGUUUGCAGCGAAUUCCCUCGUGCGAAAUCUUUGGCGUUAGAUGCAAAGUCGUCGUCGACAGAAAUGUCUUCGGAAAAGAUACUGCGAGCUGAGGUCACGCGAAUAAAAUCCGCGAAGUGGGACAGAAAGUCCACGUGUCAGAAGCCGGCGGUACCCUUUAGGCGUGCUUGCUCGCCCGAGAAGAUUUCCGAGGAUAUAACGCGCUUGCGAGAGCCCAGCUCGCGAGAGUUGUUCACUCGCUACAAGGGAUACAUUCCCAUCUAUCAGUUGGAGAGAUACGAGGCCUGUCGCUCCAAAAGAAACGGUCUUCAGGACGAAUGUAUUCCACCGCUACUGCGAUCUAUAUUGCAGAAAGAGAAGCAGCAACGUACGGGGAAGUGCUUCAAACGAAACGUGGAUCAAUUAGAUCUGAGAGGAAUGAGCGAAUCGGUGAAUCGAAAUCAACCUCAAAUUUUGUUGUAUGUGGAAUAAUAUUUGAAAUCAAGAACAUGAAAAUGAAUUAAAUUUCGCUGAGAAUGAGGCCGGAAAAUAAUUAUGUUUAUAAUUGUUGGAAAACAGACAUGCACAUGGAUAAUUAUAUGUUCUUAAACUGUUAACUUUUUAAUGUGAAAUAUAUAUCUGCAUUUUUUACGUGUCUUAACUGUAAUUGUCAAAAUUUUAUAAAAAUAACAGAUAUUUUACAUUA